UCUCUACUGAUUCUACUGUACCACUUAUUUCUCUCGUAGAUUUUUUACUCCUUUGUUCUCCAUACUUCAAAGAAAAAGAAGUCCCAAUUCUUCCCAUCUGUAUAGAGGGCUAGCCCACAUGCUAAUCCUUGCUUUAAUUUUGGGAAGGAUAUGAGAUGUGAUAUAUAUCACUCUUUCCAUAAUAAUCUAUGAGUUUCCUAUUGUACAUAUCUCUGUUUUUUCGGUUUGAAUAUCUUCUUUUGCGCACACCAGAAAAAUCUCUUAUUUCGGAUAAAUUUCCCUUGCUUUAAUUUUGGGAAGCAUAUGAGAUGUGAUAUAUAUCACCCUUUCCAUAAUAAUCUAUGAGUUUCCUAUUGUACAUAUCUCUGUUUUCUCCGUUUGAAUAUCUUCUUUUGCGCACACCAGAAAAAUCUCUUGUUUCAGAUAAGUUUCUAGGGUUAAACACCGAGAAAGGAAUAUCAUUUUUUUCCCUUUCUUCUCAAAUUACCGGAGCGAAGUGCUUCCACGUUGCUCAGUAGAGAGAGAAAGCAUAGAUAGAUUUGCUUGCAUAUUUGCGGUUUCUCAGAGAAGAGAGAUAUGGGGAUGGACUACUACAAGACAUUGCGGGUGGACAAGAAUGCGAAGGAAGAAGACUUGAAGAAAGCUUACAGGAGUCUCGCCAUGAAAUGGCAUCCUGAUAAGAACCCCAACAACAAGAAGGAAGCAGAAGCCAAAUUCAAGGAAAUCUCUGAAGCCUAUGAGGUUUUGAGUGACCCCCAAAAGCGCGUAAUCUAUGAUCAAUAUGGAGAAGAAGGGCUCAAGGGAGUCCCUCCACCUGGUGCAGGUGGCCCAACCACUUUUAGGUUCUUCCCAAGAAGUGCAGAUGACAUUUUCUCUGAGUUUUUUGGGAACGACAGUUCUCGUGGCAGUGCAAGGUUUGCAAGAGGACCAUUUGCGGAUGACAUUAUUUUUGAUCAAGUAGGAGGAGGUGGUGGUGGGGGCGGUGAGGCUUCUACAAAUGUCCCAAGAAAGCCUCCUCCAAUUGAGAGGACUUUGCCAUGUAGCUUGGAGGAGCUCUAUAAGGGAACCACGAAGAAGAUGAAAAUCUCUAGAGAUGAUGUGGAUGCUUAUGGCAAAGCCACCACCAUGGAAGAAAUCCUAGCAAUUGAGAUAAAGCCAGGUUGGAAAAAGGGAACGAAGAUUACGUUCCCUGAGAAAGGCAACCCUGAGAAAGGCAACAGGCAACGUAACAUGCUUCCAGCAGACCUAGUCUUCAUCAUUGAUGAGAAGCCCCAUCCGGUCUUCAAAAGGGAUGGAAACGACCUUGUUGCCACCCUCAAAGUCUCUUUGGCUGAUGCCCUAGCUGGCCAUACUUCCCGCAUCACCACCCUUGAUGGCCGUACCAUUAGCCUUCCAAUUAACGCCAUCGUUAAUCCCUCUUAUGAGGAGGUUGUUCAAGGUGAGGGGAUGCCAAUUCCAAAGGAGCCUUCCAAGAGGGGUAACCUCAGAAUCAAAUUCAACAUCAAGUUCCCAAGUAGGCUGACCAAUGAACAGAAGGCGGGAAUCAAGCAGCUCUUGUCUCUAUCCUGAUGUGUUUUUGGCUGCUACCAAGUGCAUGGUAAGUUUAAUAGCUCUCUCCCCCCACCUUUCUUCUUUAGAGUUCAAGGUUAGGAUAUUUUGCAUGGGCAAGUAAGAAUGGGAUCUUAUUGGAUUGAGAAAGCACGAUGGUUUCUAUACCUGUGUAGAUGAAGGCUGCAGAAAGGGAAAAACAAAAGAAAUAUGGAAUGGGAUGAGUACCUAAAGGCGUAGUAGACUAUUGCUUUUCUGAAAUCAUGACAAUUCCUUUCUUCGGGAAUAUGUUCACAUGUUCAAUUGUCACUUGCUGCCUUCCCCUUUGUGAAUCCAGGGUUUUAUUUUAUUGCUGCAAAAGACCAUUAUCAUUUGGUUUCACUAAAAAUUUUCUCUUGACGAUAUUUCUUUGAUGUGAUAGUCAACUGUGCCACGUAUUCAUAAAAUAACAGGGAAAGUUUAGAUUGCCAACCACUUGUGUUUGAUCCAAUUGUUGUGGUGAUUAAUUUCA